UUGUUAAAUCAAGUAUUAAUUUUUUAUGCAUAAUCUUUUGUUUAAAAGUGCAAACCUAAGCAGUGAAUAAUGAUUUUGAAUCCGAUUUUAUUUAUCAUUACAGUAAUGGUCAUUUUCCGUUCAAUGCAAGUUAAUACAUGUUGUAUUAAAAGUGUUCCUAGGUAUGAUUACAAAUUUGAAACUGCUCUUACUCUGGACACUGGAUUUAUUUAUCCUGAGCAUGAAGAAUUAAAUAAACUUGACAUUGCUACUAUAAAGAAAUUACUAAACAUUAAUAUUUUACCACAAGAGGAAACUAUAAAAAAACCGAUUGAUCUAAUAUACUGUGACUUGAUAUGUGGUAAUAUGUUCGUCAUUAGAAAUUAUUUGUCGAUAUGUAACAAUUUAAAUGAUAAUAAUUUAGAAGAAUCAAUAACUGGACGCAUGCUAGUUUCCCUUUUCAAAAUAAAUAAAACUAUAUAUGAAAAACCAUUCUGGUAUGCUCACAUGUAUAUAAUAUACAGAUCAAUGUUCCGAAAUGAAACUAAUGAAAAUCAUAAAGCAUUUAUUAAAACUAUGAAUAAUUUGAUUAGAGAGACUUUACAAUGGUAUAUUGAUAGGUAUUGUAGAAAAAAUAAUCAAUAUAAUACAAUAGUUCAAUAUAACAAUGAGACGACAGAAAUACAAAAUAUCAUAAAAUUAAUAAAUGAUCGACAAGCAAAAAAUGAUAUCUUAUUAGAAAAUAAAACAGAAAUAAAUUGGGUUUCCCUUAAAAGUAUUUACUUACACCAAAUAUUAGAAGAUGAACAUUUUUGGAAAACCAUAAUUGUGACAUUCGGUGAUCAAAAAGAAGUUGUUUUAAAAGCAAUACGUGAUGAUAUUUUCAAUAAUUAUAAAUUGGCGAAAAAUUAUUAUUAUUAUGACAAUUGGGUCAUACAAAUAGAGAAAUAUCUAGAGAGUAUAUUUAAUAUCAUAAGAAUAGUCACUUUGCAUUUAAUACGGAACUAUUUAUAUUAUGCUGAAAACUAUAGAAAAUUAAACCCUAGUCUUUUACGAGAAGUUGACGUAGGCUAUUCUAAAAUAAAAGAGAUACUUUUAAAAAAUAAUUUCUUUAUACAACUUUUUAAUAAAUCAUAUGAUAAUCAUGUAAUAACAAUUUUAGAAAAAUUGAAUGAACGGCAAAAAAUUAAUAAUAAAAUAAAUGAAACACAUAUUGCAACAGUUGUUAAAAUUGAUAUCAUAAUGAAAACACUGUCAUCAAAAUUUGAGCUAAUACCUUUGGAUACCCUUUUAAAUAAUGUUUAUUUAGAUCUAAAAAAAAACGAAAAUGAGAAAAACAGAAAAUUUAUAACUAUGGAAGACUCAAAUAAAGAAAAAACUUUCCAAAAUAAGUUUGAUUGUCAAUUAUUAAGAGAUAGUUAUUCGAGUAUUAUAUUGUAUUUACGUUAUGUAGAAACUAAAUUUGAGACUUAUAAUAUUGCUUUUUCUUUUAUCAGAACAUUUAAGGAUCAUAAAGUAAUAUCAUUUAAUAACCGAACUAACAGUGAAAAGCUUAUACAAUUGUAAUUGUUUUAAUAUUUUAUAGAAUUGCAACUUCUUUUACGAUCUAAUAAACGAUUUUAAUGUUAACAAUAUGAAUUCAUGUUUAUUUAAUUAUCUGAAUAUAUAAAAGUAUAAAUUUUAUAUUUAAUUUUUUUUAGACCCUUUGAUAAAUUUUUAUGUCAUUUUAUUAUUAUUAUACAAUUGUAAUUAUUUCAGGAUUAUAUAGAA